AUGGCGCCCUCUAGGGGGACGGUCAGGACGGCUCCAAUAGCCUCAAUAACAGACGAGGGCGACACUGCCGUUGAACAACAAUCCAACUCGGCACUCAUCUCGGCCAGGCGAAACCUGAACUACCUGAUCUCGCCGACUGCGCAUACCGAGAAGCCUGCUCGAUUUCGAACGCGCGCACUGCUCCGCACAGUACGAUAUGUAGGGCAGUUCAUCAUCUGGCGGCUGGUACGCUGGGCAAAGUAUGUUGCUGUCGGAGCUCUGGUUGCAGCGGUGGGAGCUACCGCGGUCGGAGGCAUGAUAUCUGGGGUGGCCUGGCUGGCUGCUCCGCCAACACUGGGGGCGAGCAUUGUUGCAGCAGGUGUUUGGGGAGUGGGCAGGUUUGCGGCCAGGAGGCUGCAUGCGAGAUGGAAGAAUAGCGGAGGUGACAUGGGGGAGGAAGUUAGGGAGAGAGUGAUGGAUCAAGCGGGAGGGAUCAGGAGGGAGGGGUCAUAUGGGAUAGAUGUUGGACCGAGGGCGGUUCCUUGGUAA